CGGUGGUAACGUCUCGUUUCAUACGCCUUAUUAGUAGACCACUCGUGGUGGGCGUGCCACCCCCAGAGCUUAUUACAGACAGUACAUGUGGUGUACCUUUCUCUCCCCCCCAAUUACUGGUACCCUCUUGUAGUCGUCUCUCUUGCUUUUUUCUUCUCUGCCUUAUUACUUUAUUGCAACGCUGUGGCCUGCAUCAGAGAAAACGAGUUGGGAGAAAAGAAAAAAAACCUUACAUAGUUUUACCCCCCCGAAGCCUUACUUACCCAUCCUCUCCCUCCUUCUCAACCAAACUUUACAUUGUGGUCACCAGCGCAAAGCCAGCAUCCGCCGUCGACAUCGCAAUUCGAUUGCCAGCGACGACUCCUACUCGGAUUCCAUGGAAUAACUACCUGUUGGCCUCUUGAAACCCGCCCCCCGAUUCGAUUGAUAGCCCAUCUCACCGAGAGCCCCAGCCUACCUGCUGCUUCUGCUCACCCAGUCAGCGACAACCGAUUCCCGGCAAGCCCGACAGCCAUCCCGCCUAAAAGAGUGCAGGAGAAAAAAAGGGACAAAAACACCAAGCGGAAAUAUAUCUCACCCUCGCUUUUGUGUUUUUCUCAAACUCAUCGCCAACCGGAAUCACCCUCCAUCGCUACACAUUGCCGCAACUGGCGCCUGCUCGCUCAGCUCCUCCCGUCCACUUCCCGCCCACACACACACCCCUUCAGGCGCCGCCUACAGCGCAAGCGUGCACAAACUGGGGCCCUGCCCAGCGCAACAAGAGUCAGCAAGCCGCCAUCGCUAGCCCACCCCCGACCACGUUUUUUCCCCAGCCCUCUUUCGCUUCUUCCACCAUGUCAACCAUGGACGCCCAACCCAGGCCACUGACCAACAACGCUGCCGGUCUCAACAACAUCUUGAACCGCGACGAGCCUCAAUUGCAGGCCGCUGCCGCUGCUCAGCAUUUACCUCAGCUUCGCGAUUCCGGCUUCUACUCGACCGCCGAAGCCUCUUCCAAGCAUACUUCUGCUGCAUCUUUCAACGUAAACGGCCUUAGCCCCGGCGCCUCCUUCCAAUCCUCGACCGCCGACAAGACCCCUUCGCCGACCACGUCCCACGCCCAAACCAACAUCAUGUCGCCAGGCAGCGCCAACAUGAGCGUCGCUGCGAUGGUGUCGCCAACCAGCCCCAGUGGCCCCGACCGUCGAUUUGAGCGCCCUAGCUCGCUUGAAGCUCCUAACCAGCUUGCUGCUCCCAUGGACCCAAACAUGCGCCGCGAGAGCGUUGACAGCCGCAUCAACCAGGGCCUAAGUGACAUGCGCCUGGGCUCCGGAUAUGCCAGCAACAACCAGUCGACAACGUCUAUUCAAAACACGCUUCACAACCAGCGUAACCCCCGACCGGGACUGGAGGCCUUGGCCGUCCACCGCAUCUCCAACGGUUACCAACCCAGCGCCGACCGCAAUCCAGAGCCCAAGAUUGCCCGAACUGCACCCGCCAUUACUGGCCCUGCCACAGGCACCAUUGCCAGAGCACAGGAACCUACCAAGGGUCAAGCUUGGGCUUUCCCCGAAGAAGAGAUUACGCGCGUUGGCCCUGCUCACUACGAAGACUCUCGUCGUAGCAGCAUCACCGAAUCUAUCGCCAGCAGCCAGUUCACUACCGAAUCCCGACUACCGGCCGGCCAGCGUAGACUAGAAGACAGCGGUGAAUUUGCCCGUAUUAGCAACUCGUCAGAAUUUCCUUCUGUCCACCACCACAGCAUGCAGCACAAGCAGUUGAUGGACCUGCAGGCCGAGAACGGUGCUGGCGCCCAGCCUUACAGCCGCACCCCUGAACUGCGUGUCAGCCACAAGCUUGCCGAGCGAAAACGCCGAACCGAGAUGAAGGAAUUGUUCGACCAGUUGCGAGAUUUGAUGCCCCAAGAGCGCGGCUCCAAGGCAUCCAAGUGGGAAAUUCUCACCAAAGCCAUUGCCGAGCACCAGCGCCAGGGCGACCACUUGCGCGCUAUGCAGUCACACUACAACACCGCCGUAUCAGAAAACGAGAUGCUACGACGUGAGAUGCACGCCAUUCGUAUGGAAAUGAACCAGCUUCGUGAGCACGCUGGCCAAUCCGGACACGCUGCUCCUCCUGCUCCCGCUCCGCCAGCUCCCGCAUCCACCGCUCCUCCCCAUUCACAACAGCCGCCCGCUCCAUCUGCAUCGUACUCUCCGGAUCGAUAUGCACCGACAACGGGUGGUACCGAACUGCCGCCACUGCGAUCCAUUAGCAACGCGAUUCCACCUCCUGGGCCAGACUCGAUGACUGGUGUGCAGUACGAUGCUCCUCAUCAGUCCAACGGAUACCGCAACGACCGGUACUAAGGCGAUCAUACACAUGUACAAAACAACAACUAGACGUCUGCUACACACAAAAAUCUGAUACGACUGAAACGACAUCCGAGCAAAGCAAAUUCACGACCAUCGACGCCAUCCGCCAUUUGCGCAUCUAGGGAUUGACUCACCAUCCCAGCUUUCUUUCCCUCACCAACCCUUUUUUUUUAAACUUUUGUCCUCUCUGUCUCUUACUUUUCUUGCCCGACAAUAGCCGCCAUACCCAGCGAGCAACAGCCGCGCGACACAAAAGGAGCAUAUGCUCCAACUUGUUUGUUAUACCAGCCAGAGUCUCCAGGCGUGCGUGCCAGCAGCUCUACUACAGGAUCCAGCUUCCUCGUAUUUCCUUUAUGCUCCCUCUGUCCAAGUGUUUUCUGUAGGAGGGUGUUCUCUUUUACAAACACGAAUACUCGAUUCUGUUUCAAGCUGCUAAGCGUUCCUCAAAUGAGGGCCAAGCUGCUGUCAAACGAUUGCGCGAGCUGUGGGAAAACGUAUAUAUACCCCGUGCUUGACACAAGCCCACGGCUCGCAGCGACAUGGACACACAAAAAUGUUUCUUGUUGAUUUCUUGUUGAUUUCUUGUUUACUCUGUUUUAUUGUUUCUAUUUUUGGGGGUUUCUUGGGACUGUACCUAUUUCUGUUUCGAAAGAGCAGGGUUCUUUUUUUUCCUUUGUUCCUGUUGGAGGCUGCAGAAACGGUUUUAGUUUUCUGCAAAGGAGGGUUAUGUAGUUGUGUAAUUGCAUUUCAUCCUUGCGGCAAUUGGGGUCCGCGGGCAACCAAAAAAUCGAAGCCUAUAACGGCACACCUCGCAUUGAUGUGAACCAAACACUUUGUUACAUGUUUCUAUAAUUGGCGGCGCGGCGCAUUGGCGAGGUGUCGUUCACCUCCUGGCUGGUCCCGCCGCACGUGGAAAGAAACGCUCCACAAAGAGGAGGAAAUCGCCCGUGGAAAUCACGUGGCGCCAGGCAACGACCAGCUGGCGACAGAAACAGCCGGGUGUGAAAAGGAAACAGGCCAUGUGGGAAACGUAUGUAUCUUGCCAAUGCGCGGGGACGGGAUAGAUGCAAAAGCCAGCGGACGCAGCGCAUUAACCCGUUGCCGGAAUCCAGUGACAGCUCGGC